AUGGCGACACUCUUUACAGCGCGACGGAAACCGAAGCGUGUUGCGCGGGAAGAGCCAGAUAAUCUGCCAGAUGAUGGCGACGAAGGUACGUUGCGUCCGCGACUUUCGCCCACACAUGUCUACUGCAUGUUACUCUAUCUGACACUUCUUCGCCAAUUUAGUGUGAUCGUUCCCGCUGACGGCGAGUAUGUAGACACCGGCCCCGUCGUAAGACGACCGACUCACAAUGCUCCACGAACAAAAUCCAAGCUACGAGUAUCAUUCAACCCGGGUGAGGAAGACGGAUCAGGAGCAGGAGAAGCCGCAGAUUCUGGCGCGGCGCCGCAAAUCAAAUCAGCGACAAGACUAGGCCUAUCCACUGCCGCACAGGAUAUCCUCACCCGAAGAGACCACGAGGACAGAGAAGGCGAGGGUCAAAACCACGACAGACCGAAAUACAACAAGGCCUACCUUGACGAACUGCGCAACUCCACCCCAUCGACGCCGCGAGACCUCUCAUCUCGUGGGAGCCCGUCUCUGGACUUGGUCGAGCCAUCGGCGAAUUUAGAACUCGAUCUUGAAAGCAAAUUUGGUAAGCCGGUAACUCUAUCCUCCGCAAUCUCCUCCCACAUCCCCAGCGCCGCAGAAAUCCGAGAGAAGAAAGAUCGGCGGGCGCGGCUAGCGAAAGAGCAGGCUGCGGGAAGUACGGAAGAUUUCAUCGCAUUGGAAGAUUACGACUCGGAUGGCGAAUUCAAACCCCGCCGCAUGCAAGUCUCCUCUUACCUAGUUCCGCCGAGGGAGAAGGAGACACGCCUUGUCCGUGAAGAUGAAGAUAUCGCCGAGGGAUUCGACGACUUCGUCGAGGACACCGGCCGCGUCACACUUUCCAAGAAGGGGCUUCGAGAACAGAGUCGGAAGGAGAAGGAAGCAAUCCGGAAUCUCAUCAACGAAGCCGAAGGUGGGAGUCCCGACAACUCCCUCGACGGCGACGGCGGUUCCGCUUCUGAUUCCGACUACGAACGGAGACGAGAGUACGAGUUGGCCCAGACGCAACACGGUAUGGAUGGGCUCUCCUCCCACGCCGUCCACAAGCGCCAAUUGAACCGACCGCGCCAACCACGAGAGACCACACUCAUCCCCAAACUCAGCGUCGGGCUGACACGCCUGCGCGACAUGGUCUCGGCCUUGGAAUUCGAGCGAGCCAAGAUCGUGAAACGCAAGGCCGACAUCGAGCGCGAGAAGGCCGAGAUUAAGCAAAGCCAGGAUCAUAUUCAGAGGAGCCUCGAAGAGGCCGGCCAGGAGCUCGAGAGAGUCCGCAGGGAACAUGCAGAGAGAGUGAACGGCGCGCGGUCGGGAACACCCAUGGAAACGGAUGGUCGCCACAUGGACUCCUCAACUCCAGCGGCCGCUGUGGCCGAGAGGGGUCUGGAAUCUUUCGGAGACCACCACCUUUAA